AGCAGUGUGACUGUCAAAGCAAAUGAAGGUAAGAAAAACAAGACUUAUUUGCAGAUAUGCAGAAUACCAACUUGACAAAGUAAUCAAGGUUGGUGGGGAGUAUUACUAUGUGUAUGUGUAUAUGCAUAUACAUGAAUGUAUAUAAAAUGUAGGGUCACUCAAAAAGUAUUUCUUUUAAAUAUAAGUUUCUAAAUCCAGCAGCUAAUAAGGCCGUAUGCCUGUAUCCUAAUUUGCAACAUGUGCAAAAGAUACUUGGUGUCAUACAAGCUGUAAUUUAGACUAGGCAGACUGAAGGAAGUCCUCCUAAUGUCAUUGCAUCAUCUACAGCUGAGGCUAAGCAUCCCUCUACAGUGAAGUUCAAGGCCUGGUUUACAGUGGUUGUGGAAUGGAGAGAAUACUUCUUAGGGAUACGUGACAUAAGAGUCUCCAGGCCAAGGAGACAUGCUGAGAGCUGCUGUAAGAGAUCUAGAUAGCUGCUGAGGAGAGCAAGUUUGGAGUGAGAACUAGUAAGACAAAUUAGCUGGUAAGUGCUUAUCUUAAGGCUAGCUUCUUGACAGACCCUCAAAUGGAAUCUCUGGACUUAAUUAAGGAGAAAAACCCACUUCUAUUUGCAAAAGGAAGUAAACAUUGGCGUGCAGAAGGUGGAAAAUUCUGUUUUUAAAGUGCUAAUGGCAUCUAGGAAAUCAGAAGGAUAUUAAGAUCUUGUGUACACUGCAUCAGCAGCAUCCCCCAGCUGAGCAUGCCCUGCAUACCCACUCAUGCUGGUACUCUCCCAAUCUUAGAAAUACAUUGUUAAGACCCCUCAGGGGCAUACUGCUGCAGCUAUUUUCAAGAACUCGGUCUUUGAGCUUGGGAGAAGAUGCUGGUGAGCCCUGGAUCAGCUUCACCCACUGUAGUGGGGAGCAAGUGGGCAGGGCAUGUUCAGGGGUGCACUCGCAUGUGGAAGACAUGUCCAAGUCACCUUCAGAACGAGGCUUUAUGGUCUCAGUCCAAGGAUCCAUAAUCCAUAUGUUGAUAGUCAACACCACAGCUAUGAGUUAUGUCAACAGGCAAGAGAGAUGGAGGUUGGAUCUUGAAGAGGCUAUAUAGCAUUUUGGAAUUGAUGUUUCAAAACCAAGUUGGGCUGUUGGCUCUGCACAUUUUUGGUCUUCGAAACAACAUGGUAGAUCAACUCAGCAGGUAGUUCUCCAACGCUCAGGAGUAAUCUACAGCAACGAAGAGUUAUACGGAACUUUUUUUCUCACCAGUGGGGACUCCCAGAAAUACACCUGUUUUGCCACAGACCAAAGCAAUGGUAUCAGACAUUUUGCCUCAGAGGUGGUGCAAGCUCCAGCUUCCUUUUUUCACCCUUCAAUGUCAGAUUGCCGGUUCAUCAAGCAGCAUGAUACUGAGGCCCUGAGAACAAGAUAGGAGGUAGAAGGGAUUGAUAAUUGCUUCUUGUGGCUCUGUCAUGUGACAGCAUUUUGACAGACCUCUUGCACAUCUCUAUCUCUGCUUAACUAAUACAGAACAGCAGGCUCCUUGCCAUAAUUUUGUUACCUUUAAUUUUACUGGCUGGAUGAGCUAAAACACUUGUAUACAUUUGCUAGGAGCUUUAGGCAUGUAAGAAUCCAAGUCUGCUACCCAGUGGAGCUUAAAGUCUAAUGCAGCAAAGAAUUUUGGGACAAUUGCUUUGUAUUAAAUCAUGAUAAAACUUAGUAUGUUUGGCUGACAUCUCUCAAGUGCCAUGCAAGCUCUUGUGGUACUAGAUAAAUUCUAGCAAUUUUAGCUCUGUUACUCUUAUAUCAAAGCUUCUAAAAUAGGAACCACAGGAACAAAGCAGAAGGGUGGUUUAGUGAGUGUGGUUACUUGCCCCCAUUCGACAACAAACAGAUUAAGGAAACAGCUAGUCCUGCAGGCUUUUGUCCGUCUUAGAAGCUAUAACGGUUUGGAGUUCUCCCUUUUUUGCCCCCUUUUUAAUCUUAUCUGUUGUCACAGGAACUGUCUUUCACUGGAACUUUUUGUAUGACUUUCUGAAUACUUCAGAAACAACAGUUGUCAGACACUUGAGAAAUAGUUCCUGACGCACUGUGACUUUGCAAAACUUGAAGAAUCUAUGACACUGUGGUAGUUAAUAAAUACUCAAAGUGAGGGUGUUAGCUGCUGACAACUAUGGAUAAAAAUACCGGAAUCAACACAGCUGCAAAGAAUACGUUGGCAAAAGCACUCUAUGACAACAAGGCAGAGUGUUCUGAUGAACUGGCCUUCCGCAAAGGAGACAUCCUGACAGUCCUUGACCAGAACGUCAUAGGGAGCGAGGGAUGGUGGAAAUGUUCUCUACAUGGAAGACAGGGCCUGGCACCUGCUAAUCGCCUCCAGCUCCUUGCUGGUUUACAGGAAGGCAUGCUGUCUCCCUCCAGCCAACAUGACUCCCAGGAAUUGCCGUCCAAUCAGCCAAACAUCUACCAGGUUCCAAAAGCUCCCAAGUCUACCUUGUCAUCGUCGGUGUACGAACAGAUGGAUGGUUGGGUAAAGCCAUCUUCUACUGUUUUGUCUCUGCCCACUCAAGAAAUGUAUCAGGUGCCAGCUUCGUCUGCACAAUUAUUCAGUGAAAAGAGCCACACCUUAACAAAUCAGCACCUGUUGACUCUUCCCAGAGUAUCUCAGGCCUCAGCAUCAAAUAUCCAAAGCUAUGUAUAUGAUGUUCCAUCUCCCCAGCGCCAGGAGUCCUUGCUCACUCAGAGCUAUGCCACUCCACCCACAGCCAGAAAGGUCUCCACGCAGUUUUCCCUCACUGAAUAUUUCCAGGAAGGACAGAAACAGCUUUACAACAUCCCAUCCAGCCCGGAAAAGGCAAAAGACCACAUCCAGCAAGACUCUCUAGCAAGCACUAUGUAUGAUGUCCCCCCUACCAGAGAACAUGAUAUUCCCAUCCAAAAUACAUCUCAGAGAAAAUAUGUGGGCUAUUGCAAUACCUUGCCAAAUCCUCGGAAGUCAGAAUGGAUUUAUGACAUUCCAGUCUCACCUGAAAAACCAGGUUUGAAACAGCAUCCUCCUAAUCAUUCCCUGGAGAAGCAGAUGUUGUAUGACAUACCACCAGCCAGGUAUGGUGCCGGGGUGCAAAAUGCAGCUAGCACCCUACCAGCAGCAGCAAUUGAAGGUAAAUUGGCGAACCCACAAGAAUAUGAUGUUCCACCAAUACAGAAGAAAUUAACUUUUCCAGAUGCUCCCCUUUAUGCUGUACCAUCCUCAUGUGAUAUGUUGCGUUUGAGGAAAAAUGGCAACUAUCGUGUCCCCCUGAGCUUUCUGUCCGCAAAGUUUGAAAAUCAGAACUGUGAACAAAACAUUUAUGACAUUCCAAAAGUAUUGCCUACUGCUUUACAGAACAGAAAGGGGACUGAAAAAAACAAUGGUAGUUUUGAAGACCAUACAUACAAUGUUCCUUUACAACUGUCAAGGGAUGCCAAAUUAGAGCAAGAUAGGUUAUCAUUUGACAGUGUGGACAGUAGAACCAGCACCAUAUCUACAUCCCCAAGCACUUCUGUUGAGUCCUUUUCUCUGUCAUCAGAAGAGGAACCUGCUCAAGAAAUUAAAUUGGACCUUGAUGUAGCCAUAGAGAUGCUGACCAAGCUACAGCACAGCGUAUCCAGUUCAGUUGCGAGCCUAAUGCUAUAUGUGAGUAGUAAAUGGAGAUACCAAGAACACCUGGAGGCAAACAUUGAGGAAGUUCAUAGAGCAGUUGAUCACAUAAAAGUUUCUUUGGGAGAAUUCUUGAACUUUGCUCAAGGUAUUAAGGCAAAUGCCUCUUGCCUCAGUGACAAUAACCUUCAGACCAGAAUUAAAAAGCAGUUACAAAUUCUUGUAGACUCAUUCCACAUAUUAGUGGAAACAAGGGAAGCACUGAACAACUGCAGCUGGUCUUUGCAGGUUCUGGUCAUUAAGAAACCUCAGAACAAUCCAGAUGAUCUUGAUCGGUUUGUUAUGGUAGCCCGUGCCAUUCCAGAUGAUAUCAGGAGGUUUGUCUCCAUUAUCAUAGCUAAUGGAAAGCUUCUCUUCAAGAAGAAUGACAAUGAGCAGAAGACUACACAACCAAAACUGAACACAGAGCAUAAGAUGGCAAAACCAGUCCCGGCACCCAGAAAAAGAGAAUUUAAUUCACUUCAAAGAAAUAAACCAAACAAAAGUGAACUUUCUUCUGAGAAAUCAAGAAAAAAUGUCAGUGAAGACUGUGAUUACGUUCACCUGCAGAAAUAUCAAGAUCUGGAACAGGCAGCAAAACACCUUUCACCUAAAGAGGUAGCAACGAAGAAUGGAGAUUCAAAACAAAAGGUUAUUCCAGAAAAACCUGUUCAAAACAAGCAAGACUCAUCAAAGAAAAUCAUUUUCUCAGAAAACUGUAGGCUGUGUUUUGGUGCACUUCAAAAAGCCAUCAGUGUUUUUACCAAUAGUCUCAGCAAUAACCAACCACCUGAAGUCUUCAUAGGACACAGCAAGCUGAUCAUUAUGGUAGGACAAAAGCUAGUGGAUUUUCUCUGCCAGGAAACUCAAGAGAAGGAUACAAGGAAUGACAUCCUCCACAGCAGCAGCCAGUUUUGCAGCCUGCUGAAGAACUUGGCUCUUGCCACCAAAAAUGCUGCAGUGCAAUAUCCAAACACAGACGCAGUGAAGGAACUUCUGGGUCAAGCUGACACACUGUCUAAAUAUACACAGCAGUUUCAAGACACAAUGGAGGGAUGUAAUCUUUCUAUUCUUUGAAGGACCCGAAGGAAACCCUCACAGUGUCUCCAUCUUUCUGGGUUUUGACCUCCUCAUCUUUGGCAUCCUGCAGUCUAAGGAGGACAGGACUCUACAGAGCAUCUCAGUGAUGCCAAUCUUAACUCAUCUAUAGGGAUUCCUUUUAGGAAAAGAAAGGAGUUAACUCAUGCACUGAAGUGUGUUCAGUCUCCAGAGAUCCAGCCUACCAGUGACACUGUGACCGGGACCAGAAUCUGCACUUUCUACUUGAGAGUUCAGUCAUACAUGGAAGAUGCUAAAUCAAUCCUUCCAAUCCAUUUUUCACACUGGCUUGGCAAGAAUUUUCAGUGUAUAAGUACAAAUAUAUUAUAUAAUUUCACUGUUUUGGCACAUAAAUAUAUUGUAUUUUUCUAAUUUUUUUUCCAUUUGGAAAUAUAAGGUUUUGUUACUGUUUUUUCCAAUGGCACAUCAGUACACAAAUAGCGUGUGUAAAUCAGCUUCUCUUUACAAGGGACUGUUUACUGUAUUUGUUUUAAACUACAAUAAAAAAAUCCUUUACAGCUGUUUCACA